AUGACGUGCGCCCUGUGGGGCCGAGGGGCCGCUCCUCAGAACCUCAUUGGCUUGCUGCUCGCAAUGGUGAACCUACUCGUCCACGUACCUUUCACGGAUCUUCCCUCGCUCCGUGACUACGAGCUCGGCACGCUGAAGCAGGAAUAUGACUACAUUAUCGUGGGUGGCGGAUCCGCCGGCUCCGUGAUCGCCAACCGGCUGUCCGCAAACCCUGACGUCACUGUGCUUCUCCUGGAAGCGGGCGGACUAGAGACGGCCUCUAGGCAGAUACCAGUCAUGGCAGCUUACAACGUCGGUGGCCACGACGACUGGGCGUACUGGACUGUGCCGCAGAAAAAUGCAUGUCUCUCUUUCCGUGAACAGCGAUGCCCCUUGCCGAGAGGCAAAGUGCUCGGCGGAACCAGCGUGCUGAACUACAUGUUGUACGUGCGAGGCGACAGGCUCGACUACGACCGCUGGGCGCAGAAGUACGGAGCCAAGGGCUGGGCAUACGAGGACGUGUUGCCGCACUUCAAAGAUAUAGAGGACUAUCGCGUGGGCCCACUAGGAGAGUACCAUGGAGCUGGCGGUGAGGUCCCGGUCGACUACGCCAACACAAGCACACCGCUCAGCGACGUUUACCUGGAGGCGUGCAGCCAGUCUGGCUACGGCUACGUCGAUUACAACGGACCUUCGCAGUUCGGCUGCUCUCGUCCUCAGACCAACAUGAAGAAUGGCGAACGAUUCAGCGCGAGCAAGGCGUUCAUAGAUUCCGUAAUUAGAGCACGGAAAAACCUUGACGUGGCACUCAUCAGCCAGGUAACAAAGGUGAACUUCGAAGGCAGCCGCGCAGUAGGAGUGACGUUCACCAGAUUCGGACAGUCACGUAACGUGUCUGCCGGACGAGAGGUGAUCCUUUCGGCAGGAACGAUAGGAAGUGCCCAAAUCCUGCUGUUGUCCGGAGUGGGUCCUAGGAAGGACCUCGAACGGCUCAAGAUACCAGUGGUCUCUGAUCUCCCAGUGGGGCGCAGCAUACAGGACCAUGUGCUCUUCUUUACGGCAGUGCCCGUCAUUACGGAUCAGCAAGCUGGCAUACCGUUAUUUAGCCUAGAAGACAUUGCGCAGUACGAGCAAAACAGAACAGACACAGAGCUCUGCAUUGCUGAUGCGCAGGCUUACGAUAGCUACUUGGCUCCGAGAGAUAAUGUUCCCGGUUUUAGACUGGCGGUAAUCAACGUCCGGCCGGAGUCCCGGGGUCGCAUCACAUUGCGUUCCACGGAUCCCAACGAGCAACCAGACAUCGACUUACGCUUGAUGGAGCACCCUCAAGACGUCAGAGUUGCCGCUGAAGGCACAAAAAUCUUCAUAGACCAGAUUCUAAACACGGACGCCAUGAGGGGAAUCGGUGCGAAGCCGUGGGACGUCACCUUCCCUCCUUGUGCCGAGGCGGGACCGCAGUGGAGCAUGGAAUACAUCGAGUGCCUAUUCCGGCACUUGGCGAAUCCUGGGUGGCAUAUUUGCUGUUCUGCACCUAUGGGCUCGCAUCCAAACGCCGUCGUGGACGAACGCCUCAGGGUCCGAGGCAACAUCACUGGUCUACGGGUGGCCGACGCAUCCGUGAUGCCUGAUAUUGUCAGCGGCACUACCCAAGCAGCAGCUAUGAUGAUCGGAAGCAAGGCGGCAGCUAUGAUCAUCGAGGACAGCGGUUCUGAUGUGAAAAAAACUGUGAGAUAGCCGGUAGAGUGUACUAUAAUG